GAGAGAGAGGGUGCGCGCCGGCGUGGAGCUUGCUCGUUGCCAACGGUUUGAAGAAGGUCCUCCAGCGGCAGCGGAUUUCCACCAUACCCACCCCAUACCGGCCCGGUACCCACCGACUCGGCUUCAGCGGCGUUCCCGCGGAUCUUCGCUUUUAAAUCAACAACAACAACAAAAUACAAGCGGUACCGGGACAUUAGGGGCCGGUUUGAGGCCUCCAAGCCGGGGACUCGCCUCUGAUGUGAGGAGGGAAAGAGCCCGGCGAGGAUCCAGCGGUUGCUGGGUGGCGACAUUUCCUCUCCCCUCCCCCUGUUGCUGCCGCCAGGAGCAGAGAACUUGUGGCGGUGUGAAAUAUCCAGCAUGUCAAACAGCGCAGUCCCCCCGCGAUGGUUGCAUUGUCCCAGGAGAGGACAACCAGUAGCAGGGAAGUUUUUGCCUCUGAAGACCAUGUUAGGAGCGAGGUAUGAUGAUCAAGUUCCUGAAGAGAAUAGAUUCCAUCCCAGUAUGCUUUCAAAUUAUCUAAAGAGUUUGAAGGUGAAUAUGGGACUUUUAGUUGAUUUAACGAACACAAACAGGUUUUAUGACCGGACUGAAAUAGAGAAAGAGGGAAUUAAAUAUGUUAAACUACAGUGCAAAGGACAUGCUGAGUGUCCCACUGAGGAGGUAACAAACAUGUUCAUUCGUUUGUGUGAGCAUUUCAUAAUGCAGCACCCCAUGGAAUUAAUAGGAGUACACUGUACCCAUGGCUUCAAUCGAACUGGGUUCCUUAUUUGUGCUUACUUGGUGGAGAAGAUGGAUUGGAGUAUUGAAGCAGCUGUCGCUACUUUUGCUCAGGCCAGACCUCCUGGCAUUUAUAAAGGGGAAUACCUGCAAGAGCUUUUUAGUCGCUAUGGUGAGGUUGAAGAUGCUCCUCCUCCACCAGAAAGGCCAGAUUGGUGCUUUGAGGAUGACGAUGAAAAUGUUGAUGAUGACGGAUGUAGAAUCAGUAAAGACUCGGAACCUGGGUCUUCAGGUUACAACCCGUGCAAAAGGAGGAAAGAGCGAAUUAAAUUGGGAGCAAUUUUUCUGGAAGGCUUGCAUGUUAAAGGAGUGACACAAAUGACAAUUCCAUCCAAGUUAUCAGAGAUCCAAAGAAAAUGUCAGCAGUACUGUGGAUGGGAAAGGGCAGGAUUUCCUGGAGCCCAGCCUGUUUCCAUGGAUAAACAGAAUAUUAAAUUUCUCGAACAAAAGCCAUAUAAAGUCAGCUGGAAAGCAGAUGGGGUACGGUAUAUGAUGCUUAUUGAUGGCAAGGAUGAAGUGUACAUGAUUGACAGAGACAAUUCAGUGUUUCAUGUAGCAAACCUGGAGUUUCCUCUACGUAAAGAUCUGCGUCUUCAUUUGACUAGCACCCUUUUGGAUGGGGAAAUGAUCAUUGACAAAGUAGAUGGAAAACCUGUUCCUCGGUAUUUGAUUUAUGACAUAGUAAAGUUUAGUGGGAAGCCAGUUGGCGACUGUGAUUUUAAUGUUCGAUUGAGCUGUAUUGAGAAGGAGAUAAUUCAGCCACGACACGAAAAAAUGAAGAGUGGGCAGAUUGACAAAACAAGGGAACCGUUCAGUGUUCGAAACAAACCAUUCUUUGACAUCCAUGCUGCAAGAAAGCUGCUGGAAGGAAGUUUUGCUCGUGAAGUCAGCCAUGAAGUGGAUGGACUAAUUUUUCAACCAACUGGGAAAUACAAACCUGGUCGGUGUGAUGACAUACUGAAGUGGAAACCUCCAAGCCAAAAUUCUGUUGACUUUCGUCUGAAAAUAACUAAAUUUGGAGGAGAAGGCUUACUGACUCAGACUGUUGGACUACUAUAUGUUGGCAAUUAUGAACGUCCUUUUGCACAGAUGAAGGUAACCAAAGAACUGAAAAUAUAUGACAACAAGAUCAUUGAAUGCAAGUUUGAAAACAACAGCUGGGUUAUUAUGCGUGAAAGAUUAGACAAGAGCUUCCCAAAUUCCUAUGACACAGCUAUGGCUGUUUGUGGCAGUAUCACUAAUCCAGUUACGAAGGAAUUCCUGUUUGAGCUCAUUGAAAGGAAUCAGAUGCAAUCCCAAAGAGAGCCAAGGAAAAGGUCUUUGGAUAUGGACUCUGAACUAAUGCCACCUCCACCUCCAAAGCGACCAAAUCAUGCUUUGACCACUUCCAGUUGAGAAGCAGUGGAGUAAAUGAGUGGUUGAAUGAGCAUUGCCAGGAGGCAUUUGGAGCGUUGGAGGAGAAGAAAAUGUUUCCAUGAAAUUAUGAGGUUUGAUGAGGGAUAGCGUGUUUGUGAACCGAGUGCAGAAGAAAAAGAGUACUUCUUUGAAAUCUGAAAUGAGGAUGGUGGACACCAAAUACAGGAAUGUGACUGUCGGGGCAAUCUUUGACAAAGUGGUUUGUCUGGUCGCUCUGUUGAAAAUCCAAAUGUGACUUAGAUCAUUAAUCUUGGAAAACAAAGACAAAAAUUUAUGAAAUGCAGGUUUAUUUAAAAUUAACCAGAUGUUCCAGUUUUAAUUAAAAAAAAUUGUGUGGACCUGUUUCUGUAACCUUUCUUUACCACUGUUUGAACAACACCAGUCCAGUUGGGAUGUAGUACACUUUGUGGAAGGAGUUGAUAGCAAAUACAUUAGAAAUAGCAAAACUGAGCUAUGAGGGUGGGAAUAAUAGAAUGUUUUCUUUGGAGAAGGGCUGGAGGCGCCAGGUGAAAAGAUCUGGGGUCAGGCACCUGAACUUGCCAAGAGGGAAAAGAAAAGUGUUGCAACUGUGUCUCAGCAGAGACUGCAUCAUGAGGUAAGGAUUCAAAGUGGAACUAGGUUGGACAGGAAUUUGUAACAGUCUCUGGGGUGAGAAGGUGGAUAGUAGAAAUAGGAAGGCUUGGGAGUGGUGAAGUUGUGGCUGGUUUGAAGAAGACAGAAUUGCCUGGAAGAGAGCAUUCAGUGGAAUGAUUGAUUGCCCCAUUCUGAUUAUUCCCAAUGCUGCAGUACCUCCUUGUCCUGCACCAUCGGACUCGCUUCCUCCAGUCCCCUCAGUAGAAUUUACUAAGUGGG